UAUAUAUAUAGGGCGGUAUACGGUCACGGACAUGAUCUACAGGCAUUACACCACUAAUGACAAACAUGACAGCAUCCAUUGAUCCUUGAGUCCAAAGAAGUUUAUAUUUACUACCGAGAAGCAUCCACGAUUAGAAUCUGCCAUUGAUCUCUACCAUGCAGACGACGUGGGGGCUGCCACUAGAGGGAUGAUCAUUUCCCCUCUCUUACAACGGAUCCUACUCAGGAUCCGAUGCUCCAUGAAAACUUGACCUCCUACAACACCCUCGCCAUGAUGUUCCCAGCCCUCCUAUUGCUGUUAUCCUUAGCACAUAGGGUCAUAGGCGAGCUACACACCUCGUCUCGAUGGAUCCUCGACGACAAGGACCAGCGCGUCAAACUGCGCUGCACCAACUGGGCAGGGCACAUGGAAGUCAACAUCCCUGAAGGCCUCCAACACCAGCCCAUCGACACCAUCGCAUCCUGGAUCUACGACAACGGGUUCAAUUGCGUGCGUCUGACCUACUCCAUCGACAUGGCACUCAACCCCUCCGUGUCCGUGUCAGACUCAUUCAACACGGCCGCCUCCGCAGCGGGCGUCCCCCCCUCCGCCCUCCAAGCCCUCUACACCCAAGCAUCCAAGCACAACCCCCUCCUCACGACCGCGAGCCGACUCGACGUCUUCGCGGCCGUCAUCGACUCCCUCCACCGCCGUGGCGUGUACACCAUCCUCGACAACCACGUCUCGCGCGCCAGCUGGUGCUGCAACUUCACCGACGGCAACGGCUGGUGGGACAAAGCGCAGGGCUACAACGACCUCAACAGCCGCUACUUCGACACAGACGCCUGGCACCGCGGGCUCGAAGCGAUGGCGCGAUUUGCCUCCUCACAAGCAGGCGUAGUAGGCAUGUCGCUGCGCAACGAACUCCGCGCGGUCCCACUCAUCCAAGACCUGAACGUCCACGCAGACUGGUACGACCAGUUGACGCGCGCAGCGCAGAAAGUGCACGACACCAACCCGUCAGUCCUCAUCAUCAUCGGCGGCGUCUACGGCGGAACAGACCUCUCCUUCCUGCGCAUUAAGACCCUAGACGCUGGGGACUGGGCCCAGAAGCUCGUGUGGGAGUUCCAUGCCUACGCUUUCUCCCUGACGCAGCCGAACCCCGGUCGUCACUGUAAUGUCGCGUCUGCCGAGUACGGCGCCUCCAACGGCUUUCUCCUCACCCAGGAGAAGGACUACACGGGUCCACUGUUUCUGUCUGAGUUUGGCGUCGCCAUGACUGGCGGCGGGGAGGAGACCUCCGGCUUGUCGGAGGAUGAUCUGGGCUACUUGAAGUGUUUGGUGGAGUAUAUGGAGUCUAAUGAUGCCGAGUGGGCGGUGUGGGCCCUCCAGGGGAGCUACUAUGUGCGCGAUGGGCAGGUUGAUAUGGAUGAGAGCUUUGGGCUGCUGACAAAGGAUUGGAGUCGCUGGCGCAACCCGCAAUUUCGAGGGUUGCUGGGUGGGAUGUGGGAUGUAACGCAGGGCCCGGGCAAGGAGUAGAGUCCGCGUUUGCAUGUUACAUGUACAUACUCGAUGAUGCGGGCUGAAUGUCUGAUAUGUACUUGCACUUGUGCUAAAUGUGCU